ACCGGCCGCCAUAUUGGGAAACAACGGAAGUGAGAAAGAGAAAGAGAUUAAGAGAUAGCUGUGUGUGUGUGUGUGUUGAGUCAAAGGGCGUCCUCCUCUCAUGUUCGGCUCUCCGGAGGAAGGGGCGGUCUCAGCGCCUCAGCAGAUCCGGAAUUAGAAGGUGUUCGCUCGGCUCUGCUCGGCUCGCUCGCUCCGGUCGCGUCGCUGGGCUCCGCGGCGGUUCGGUUCUAACCGACACUCGAGAGAAAGAGACAGAGAGAGAAAGAGGAAACAGACACGGAACUACGGCUGAGAAGAGAAGAGAAAGAGAGAGAAGAAAGUCAGAAAGAGAGAGAGAGAAAGAAAGAAGGAAGGAAGGAAGGAAGGGAAGGUAGAAGAAGCCGGCGGGACUGGAAAGUGUCGGCCGAGGGAGGGACGACAGCUCCGGGGCAGGAAAGAGGACUCAGGAGAGAAAAGUGAGAGGAAGACGAAGAUGCCACUGGCUCAGCUGGCGGAUCCCUGGCAGAAGAUGCCUGUCGGGGGAACGUCUGCAGAGGAUGCACAUCACGACCCGGAGGACCUGGUGGGCGAGGACGACUCCAUGCCCGUCUGCGCCGAUGACGUGCCAAUCAAGGAGAUCAGCAUCACUCACCAUGUGAAGGAAGGAUCAGAGAAGGCCGACCCGCGACAGUUCGAGCUGCGCAAAGUCCUGGGACAAGGCUCCUUCGGCAAGGUGUUUCUGGUGAGGAAGAUCACGGGUCCAGAUGCCGGUCAGCUGUACGCCAUGAAAGUCCUGAAGAAAGCGACGCUGAAAGUGCGUGACCGGGUCAGGACAAAGAUGGAGCGAGACAUCCUGGUGGAGGUCAACCAUCCCUUCAUCGUCAAGCUGCACUACGCGUUUCAGACGGAGGGGAAGCUGUACCUGAUCCUGGACUUCCUGAGAGGAGGAGACCUGUUCACCCGUCUGUCCAAGGAGGUAAUGUUCACAGAGGAGGAUGUGAAGUUUUACCUGGCGGAGCUCGCUCUCGCCCUCGAUCACCUUCACAGCCUGGGAAUCAUUUACAGAGACCUGAAGCCAGAGAACAUCCUGCUCGAUGAGGAGGGACACAUCAAGCUGACUGACUUCGGCCUCAGUAAGGAGUCCAUAGACCACGAGAACAAGGCCUACUCCUUCUGUGGGACGGUGGAGUACAUGGCGCCGGAGGUGGUGAACCGGCGAGGACACACCCACAGCGCUGACUGGUGGUCGUACGGCGUGCUCAUGUUCGAGAUGCUGACGGGAACGCUGCCGUUUCAAGGCAAAGACCGGAAAGAGACGAUGACCAUGAUCCUCAAAGCCAAGUUGGGGAUGCCGCAGUUUUUGAGUUCAGAAGCUCAGAGUCUCCUCAGGAACCUUUUCAAACGCAACCCUGCCAACAGAUUAGGAGCCGGACCAGACGGCGUGGAGGAGAUCAAGAGGCAUCAGUUCUUCGGCACCAUCGACUGGAAUAAACUCUUCCGUAGAGAACUCCACCCUCCCUUCAAACCGGCUGCAGGACGACCCGACGACACUUUCUAUUUUGAUCCAGAGUUCACAGCGAAAACACCCAGAGACUCUCCGGGGGUUCCUCCCAGUGCCAACGCCCAUCAGCUGUUCAGAGGAUUCAGCUUCGUGGCCAUAACAGAAGAGGACACGCAACCACUACCCAAUACUAUUGUUCAGCAGCUGCACAGAAGCACGUCCCAGUUUUCAGACACCUACGAGAUUAAAGAGGACAUCGGUGUCGGGUCUUACUCCAUCUGCAAGCGCUGCCUACACAAAGGAACCGGCAUGGAGUACGCAGUCAAGAUCAUCAACAAGGCCAAGAGAGACCCGACGGAGGAGGUGGAGAUCCUGCUGAGAUACGGACAACAUCCCAACAUCAUCACCCUGAAGGACGUGUAUGACGACGGCCGGUCGGUGUUCUUGGUGACGGAGCUGAUGAAAGGAGGCGAGCUGCUCGACAAAAUCCUGCGACAGAAGUUUUUCUCAGAGAGAGAAGCGAGCGCCGUCCUCUACACCAUCACCAAGACGGUGGAGUACCUGCAUGUGCAGGGGGUGGUGCACAGAGACCUGAAGCCCAGCAACAUCCUCUACGUGGACGAGAGCGGGAACGCAGAGUCCAUCCGGAUCUGCGACUUUGGUUUCGCCAAACAGCUGAGGGCAGAAAACGGCCUGCUCAUGACGCCGUGUUACACCGCCAACUUUGUCGCACCCGAGGUGUUGAAGAAGCAGGGUUAUGACGCAGCCUGUGACAUCUGGAGUCUGGGAGUCCUGCUGUACACCAUGCUGACAGGUUUCACUCCCUUCGCUAACGGUCCCGAGGACACGCCGGAGGAGAUUCUGGCUCGUAUCGGCAGCGGGAAGUUCUCGCUCACCGGAGGAUACUGGAACUCCGUGUCGCCGGAGGCCAAGGAUCUGGUGUCUAAGAUGCUGCACGUCGACCCUCACCGGCGGCUGACGGCGGGUCAGGUCCUCCGACACCCCUGGGUGACGCACAGAGACCAGCUGCCCAAGUACACCCUCAACAGACAGGACGCACCUCACCUGGUCAAGGGUGCGAUGGCCGCCACCUACUCCGCCCUGAACAGGAACGUCCCGCCCAUCCUGGAGCCGGUGGGCUGCUCCACUCUGGCCCAGCGGCGAGGGAUGAAGAAGAUCACCUCCACCGCUCUGUGACCUUUAACCCCUUCAGCCCUCCUCACUCUGACCUCUAUCUGACCUCCGCCGGACCCUCGCUCCCCCACUUUUCCUCCGGUGGGACAGACUACUGAUGGACCCAAGAACCGCUAACGCCAAAUAGGAACACGGAGACCGCCACCAACUCCCCUCGCCAUCCCUGCACCUUAUCGGACUCUCCUGAUUGGAUCUCGUGGCGGCUUAUUUCUCAGCUUUAGCAUCACAGAUCGGCAGCCGGACUGAGCUGUCACGGAAACCUGCCGACUCUCCCUCCCUCCUCCUCGCCGCGGAGGCGGAGUCCUGCCGCGGCGCCUUUUUGCUUCGGACAAUCAGCGCCGCCUUGAGUCCGAGCGCGCGUCAGGAAAAUGAAAGUACUGUAUUUAUUUACUUCAACAGGAAAUCUGAACAUAGGAACACGGUAAUCUAAUGUAUGCAUUUAAAGAGCUAGGAUCAUUGUCGUUAUACUGUCGUCAUGGUUCUGCGUAGCUGUAGGUCCGCUAUUUAAACCUCAAGUAGCCUCCGAGAUGACGGCGUCUGCAGAGAAGGACAGCAGGCGGGAAGCAGGAUCACGUUCAGUCCGCUCUGAUGAUUUACCUGCAGAGCCACAGAAAUCAGGACUUUUAACAGAAGCAUUUAGUCAAACCGCAGCCCUGACGAUGAUUUUGGGAUCUCAGCAGCAGGAGUUUCUACAUUUCACACGUCCAGGAUCCAGUAUUUUACCUUUCAGCUGCAAAAAAACCCACAAAGAACAAAAAAGGAAACUGGUUCGUCUUCGACUUAAUUUCCAAAAUCAAGUGUUGGUCCAAGAGUUGACAGAUGAAUCUGGUGGUCUGUGUCAAAUUAAUAUUCGGCAUGAAAUCAAACCGGUUUUACGUCAACAAAUCCUGUGAAAAGACCAAAACCAACAGUUUCUGACUUCCUGUCUGUCGCUCUCAGCUCCUCCUUCUUCUUGAAGACAUAAAUCCUUAAAAACACCUCAAAAAUAUGUUGUUUUUAUUUUUUAAAAACAGGCCAAAUGAUUCCUUAACACAGGAAGAAAACAGGGGACUACUUUCAGCAGUGGAUUAAUCCACAAGAAGUUAAAUCAGCGUUUGGAUUUUAGUCUUUUCAUGGGAUGCGUUAACCCAAGUUUUCACUCUCAGUGAAACAAAGUCCGAACAUUUGAAUUUGAGCACAUUAAUUAAGAGGAGAGAAGCAGAUUUCUGCCUUUAUAUUAUAUUUUAUUUGUUUUUAAAGCUGCACAAGGAAAGUUUGCAUUUUGUGGCGCCAUCUGGUGGCUGUUACGUUUGAAGCACUUCUGUCCACAGACUUCGUCGUGAAGUUUCUGGGGAAACAAUUUAAAGUGACAAUUUGUAUUAUAUUGUAAUCAGUGACACGCCGGCAGCUCCUUCAAGGCUUUAGAGACGUUAGCUUAGCAAUAAUAACAGUGUUAGUAAUCAUGUGACUAAGUUUCCAGGCAGUUACGACUCUCCGAUCGCUGUAAAUUCACACCCGUAUUUCCCACAAGGCAUCAUGGGAGACUGUUAGCUCAGUCUAUUCAUUUGAUUUGACUGUUUACAGUUGAAGCAACUGCAGCUUUCAGAUCAAUGUGGUGGAGUAAAGUAAUCAGUGGAAUUAUUAUGUGGCAGGAGAGGAAAUCUAAGUAUCUUUGAGGCUGAUGAGACGACAGUUUUGGUGCAUUUAAUGCAGAAAUCUCUCCUUGUGCAGCUUUAAGACGUAAAGUUAAACAACAGAAGUGUCUUUAACUGGAGCACAACAAACACCAGAGAACACGCGGUCGUGUUCUCCGGUAAACACGGCGACCUGGAGGACGACGUGUCGGUGAAACGUUGGAUUCUUCCUGUUUGACCCGGGAUCAGCCUCUGACCUUCUUCUGUUCGAGCCGACUGAUCAUCUCUAUGUGCAGCAGACGGGAGCUGAACUGUAAAUAUAUAAAACAUGUCGAGCAACUCAGGUUUCUACGAAUCAACACAAUGCAUUUUUAUAAGUCCACCCGGGGAGAGAUGUACGCGACAAGCACACAGAGCGACGGGAGGCGAGGAGGCGUUUCAUCACCACAAGUCUCUUUUACUGUGUUUUAAAACGUCGAGCUCUUCCUGAGGCAUCGCUUCGUGUUUGUGAUGAAGAACUUCUGUCAGCAAAAACCUUUAAAAGACAAAAAAAAAGUGUAGCAGGAAAAAAAAAAAAAGCUCUGGGUUCAUUUCCAAACAUUCCAGUUGCACCCAGACUUCAACUGCCGCGCCACCGUGGAGCUUCAUCAGAGACGUCAGAGUUCACCCAAAUUACAAAGAUUAUUCCACACGUUAAUCACUGCAACUUAUUGAGGACUUAAUGUCAAAAUCAAAUCAGCAGACGAAGCUCUUUCCCUGGAGUAAAAACACCACAACAAUGUUAAAAUACCACAAUUAAAGCACUGCUUACAAAGACACACUUAAGGUGAAACACUGAUUUUUUUCAUGCACUGGUUAAUUUUAACAUUUUGGGCUAUUUAUAAGUCCAAAAAUACAAAAGUCCUGCUCUGGAAGCUUGUGUAAGUAAAAUGAGUAUUUACACAAAAUAUCAGACGGCUUGUAAUAUAAAUAUAAUUGUGUCGACGUCAGGAAACUUUCUCAGAAUUAUUCAAAAAUGAUUCAACAGUGAAAGUUUGGGUUUAAAGUUCUUCUGUAGUUUGGGUGAACUGCACCUUUAAUUACAAAAGGAGCAAAUCAUAAGUUUUGGCCAGAAUUUCAGAGACAACAGCGUCAGAGACGUUAGCAUGCUAACCAGCUAGCUGACUGUCACACUCAUGAAACCACUUCAGUAUUUUCACUCCUGUUUUAUUUGCGGAACAGAAAAACAGCAGCGCACACGUCUCAGCUGGAGUUUCUGUCUUUCUCCUGAACUGAAACGAGUUUAAUCACCUCGUUACAAACGGAACCGUCGAGGUUCGUCUUCCCGCCACUUAGCUCCACGGCUAACUAGCAGCCAACCAGAGCUGAGCAGCAGUUAGCGGUGACGCUGCUUCCUUUGAAUUCUGGCCAUUUCUUCCAAGAACUUCUUCUGUGUUCUGUUUUUAGAGACGGCCUCCAACAUGGCCGCCCGAGGCCGUCGGCGCGUAUUAAAGCCGUCUGUUGUUGCUUCAGUGUUCAGGACGCGUGUGCCUCCUCUCGCCCGUCGACAAUCACUAAGAAAAACAGAAAUCCUGCAUCGGUUGUUCUCCCGCGACCCUGCGGACUGUAAAACCUGAUGUGAAUGAUUGUUUCCUCUGAAUGUCUGUCAGCAUAAAGGGAUUCAUCGCUCGGGGCGACCACGAGAUUCUGUUUUAUAUAUAACAUGAAAUAUAUAUAAAUGUCUUUGGAUGUACAGCUCUGGGAUAAAGGAAUGUAAAAGGAAUGAUUUGUUUCUUUUUCUGUAACAGGGGAAUAGCUUUCCUCCUCCUCCUCCUCUUCCUCCUCUUCCUCUUCCUCCUCCUCCUCUUCCUCCUCCCUGUCAGAUGUGUUCAGCCCUGCUGCUACCAGCUCUCUGUUUUUUGUACCUGCAGUGAGAGUUGGACUUUCUAUUAAAAAUAAUAAAAAGGUUAAUCAGCUAAUAAACACAUGGCGAUGGCUCUGAUUCGACAGUUAUUUUUUUCUGCACACAAAAUAUAAAAGUUUAUAAAAUAUGA